AUUCACUUUCAAUUUUGUCUGAUGUUUGAGAAACAGCUUCAGAUUAUUUUCAAUUGGACGACUUGUUAACAGUAGAGGAGCAUGCCAUUAGGAGGAAAGUAAGAGAGUGUAUGGAAAAAGAAAUUGCUCCAAUAAUGACCGAGUACUGGGAGAAGGCCAAAUUCCCAUUUCAUGUUAUUCCAAAGCUUGGUGCCUUGCACAUUGCUGGUGGCACGAUCAAGGGUUAUGGCUGUCCUGGUCUUUCAAUCACUGGAAGUGCAAUAGCUGUCGCAGAAGUUGCAAGAGUUGAUGCCAGCUGUUCAACUUUUGUUUUGGUCCAUUCAUCCUUAGCAAUGCUUACUAUUGCAUUGUGUGGAUCAGAAGCUCAGAAGCAAAAGUAUCUGCCUUCUUUGGCACAGUUUCAGACUGUAGCAUGCUGGGCUUUGACCGAACCUGACUAUGGAAGUGAUGCCAGUGCUUUGAAGACCACUGCCACAAAGGUGGAGGGAGGAUGGAUACUUGAGGGCCAAAAGCGGUGGAUAGGAAACAGUACAUUUGCUGAUGUUUUGGUCGUCUUUGCUAGGAAUGCAGCAACAAAUCAAAUAAAUGGAUUUAUUAUUAGAAAGGACGCACCUGGUUUAACAGUAACAAAAAUAGAGAAUAAAAUUGGACUUAGGAUUGUACAGAAUGGUGACAUUGUUAUGAGAAAAGUUUUUGUCCCUGAUGAGGACAGAAUUGCAGGAGUAAACUCUUUUCAGGACACAAACAAGGUGCUUGCUGUAUCACGUAUAAUGGUUGCUUGGCAACCCAUUGGUAUAUCGAUGGGCAUCUAUGAUAUGUGUCAUAGGUAUCUAAGAGAGAGAAAACAAUUUGGAGCUCCAUUAGCAGCUUUCCAAAUUAGCCAACAGAAACUUGUCCAAAUGCUUGGAAAUAUUCAAGCCAUGAUUCUUGUUGGUUGGCGCCUGUGCAAAUUGUAUGAGAGUGGUAAAAUGACUCCAGGUCAUGCUAGCUUGGGAAAGUCAUGGAUCACCUUGAGAGCAAGAGAAACAGCUGCUCUGGGCCGAGAAUUGCUAGGUGGCAAUGGAAUUUUGGCUGAUUUUCUUGUGGCAAAGGCAUUUUGUGAUUUAGAACCCAUCUAUACCUACGAAGGCACGUAUGACAUCAACACUUUGAUUACAGGUAGAGAAGUUACUGGCUUUGCCAGCUUUAAACCAGUUGCGCAAAGAAGUCGAUUGUAGAAGUGUAAUGCAUUGAUUCUUUUGUACACUCCACUGGGCAACUUCAAUCUAUGCAUUGUGGCUGUGACUACUGUAUGUUGGUUAAUUAAUGUAUGAAAUUGAGCAAUGGGAAACAAUUAAUACUUAUAAAGACGCUUGUGUAGAUGACUAAUAAUGAGCAAAGAAUCAUCAGAUUCUAUUUUUGUUGUGGGGGCAUUGUACGGGAGAGAGUACGCUGCUGAUAGUUAACAGAUCUACAUGUUUUAAAUUGAUCUUUUGGCAUUGUCA